AUGGAGACUCCCUUUACUGUCAAGGCUCAGCCAGGAACUGAUAUCUGGAAGCAGCCUCCUUCUACAGACGUCUUCACAGCUCCCUUCCGCCCUCACUCCAUCGCCCCCCUAAAGCACUUCGUCUCAGCAACAAUCACCUUCCGUACCACCUACGUUCACCAAUACGACCAAGCCUGUCUUCUCCUCACCUUCACCAAGCCUGCCAGCACAGGUGCCCCCAGGAAGUGGAUUAAGACGGGCAUCGAGCUGUACAAUGAGCACCCCCGCUACUCAACUGUAACAUGUGACUCAUGGGCCGACUGGAGCGUCGAGGCGGUCGGACCCAAUGAUGUAGCUGGUGUCAAGAGUGGUGAGAAGAGCGUUACUAUUAAGGCGAUGAAGGUGAAGGAUGCACUGGGUGUCUGUCUCUGGAUCUACAGGGUUGACGAGAACGGAGAAAAGACGCCGUUGAGACAGACAAACUGGGUGUACGGCGAUGAAGGUGGCGAGGGAUGGGAGCUCGAGGUCUCAGCGGCUGUGGCUAGACCAGACCCUUACAAGAACAUCGAGGAGCAUCUUGAGGCUACGUUCGACAAGCUGGAGGUCGAAUGGGAGAAGCCUACAGCUUAG